AUGGACUAUCCCUACAGACCAUACGGGUCAGCCUCCAGUCGCACAGUAACACAAACGGCCCGUAAUGACGCAUAUGGCGGCAAACACCAACCAGUCACUUCUCCGUAUCCAGAUCAGUCAGCCCUAGUAGCCAUGCUAGACCCGGCUUACCAUAUGACCCAGCUCGUCAGGGCAUGGCCUUUCAUGACCCAAGUCGACGAGGAGAUUUGUACAGGUCGGGCUAUGACCAGGGAGAAAGCUCUCGAGGACCUCCAGGUGUCGGUAAUAGUGCACAGCUUUCUAACCAUUAUGUACAUGGCUCUCUGA